CUCUGAGCCACUUCCGGGUCGCGGGGCCGGAGGUAGGGUGAAAGAUGGUCAAUCUACGGCCGCGGAGACCUCGCUGCGCGUUGUCGUCCAGGACAGUGUUGGGCCGGGGGGACGAGGAAGAAGACUCAGAGAAAGAAGUCUCCGAAGAGGAAGAGCCGGACCUGGAGUUCCCCGAUGGCGGCCCAACAGCCGAGGCGAUGGACGAGGACGAGGACGACGACGAGGAAGAGGAGGAGGAGGAGGAGGAUGAAGAUGAAGCCCCAGAAGAGGUAACGUUCGCCAGCGCCCAAGCGGAGGCGAAAGAAGACGAGCGGCGGCUGCGGGACGCUUUGCGCAGGGACAAGGAGCUCCUGAAGGAGAAGAGGAAGCGGCGGGAGGAGCUGUUCACGGAGCAGAAGAAAAGAAAACUACUUCCUGCCACUCUCCUAGAGGAAUUAACUUCGGCUCCCCAGACUAAAACAAAUGAAUCAUUACCAAGACUGGAAACAGGUAAUUUGGAAAGUGAGAAAAAGGGAAAAAAAGAAGAAAAAACCUUCCCCAUAAGAGUAAAGAAGAGGUAUGUGGCCUGUAGACUAAAGGACCAAGAUCUGAUAGAUUUAAGGCAGCAGGCAGCCAAAGGCUUCAUACAAAAGUAUUUAUAUGGUCGAGGGAGCAACAGAACUACUGUAAACAAAUUUCUUUCCCUUGACAACAAGAGGUUGCCUGUUAAGAAACCGGCAGUCCAGUUUGUGAAUAAUAAUUGGGGAACAGAGAGAAAACAAAGUGCCAAGAAGUUCAAAAAACAGUGGAUGCAUAAAAAGCUAGCUUCCCGAAGACCAAAUAUUACUUGAAUCCCAUUUCUUUAUUAAGUGAUCAUACUGUUAAGAUCACACAGAAUUUAUUAAACCUGUUUUGUUGUUUUUUAGAA